GGAGUCAGGGUGGCGCAGGGCACCUGUAAUGCUGUUCCGGUCGUGCACCCUGCGCAGGGUCAUGGGCUUAUUACAGCCCCACGGCCUCAUGGUGCAUUAUGUGCUCUCCUAAUCCGUGUGUAAUCUUUUCCCAUGGGCUCUUUGUAGACCUUCCAGUCCCAUAUCUCAUGUGGUAUUAGUGGUGCUUAACAAAUCCCUCCUGGGCACCCUCUUUUCUGAGCAACCUGCUGAAAAGUCUCUGUUUUACCAAUCUGGUGGUUUGUUUUUUUUUUUUUAAUGUAGCCCAGCUCAAGGGCUCCUGAGGCCCCUUCUUUUCCAGGUACAAGCUGGCAUACCAUUUAAACUUUUAUCAGCACUGGCAAUUUCAGUUCAGAGACUUAAAAAGGGACUCGGUGUUUUUAGAAAUCAUCUCAGACCUGUGAAUGUUAAGAUCCUACAUUUAAAGUGAAAGAAAACUCUGCUUUCUGGAAGUAGAGCAGGUUUGAGAAUUAAACAUGUCUUUCAAACGCUUUAAUUCCCACCUGCCCCUCCCCAGCUUUCUCACCACCAUUUGCUGGAGCUUGAGGAGCAGGGAGUGAAUCUGCUGGGAAACACAACUGAAAUGCACCCGGUUCUUUUCCUGUCCAAGGCCCUGAUUAAAGCCAUGUGGGCAAAUGUUUCAGAGGUUGUGCUGGGGCAUAAAGAUCCAACCAAACAAAUCCAAAUUCAAGAUCUGAGCCCAUGUUACAAAUUACCUCUUAAGUGGAGGGCUGUUGGCCGGAAUAUUUAAGUUUGCACUUCAAGUAGUCAGGAUUUUGUUUUCAUUUGUGGCAAGGUGGCUCAUAGGAUUUCUGAUUUGAGCCAGGACUGUUUGCUGAAUAAACAUAGCUUUUAGAGGUUGGUAUCACUUUUAGCUUUUCAAGUCACUUUUAAAGCUCGAGGUGAAGUGUUAUAGUCCAUGGGAUUUUAGCAAAGACGUGUAGCUACUCUCUCUCUGGGCUGCCAAUCUUCCCAGGACAGAGCCAGCGUGAAGGAGCUGGUGCAGCUGAACUGUUGCUGCUAGCAUCCAAAACGCAAUGCUGGCGAAGUGGGAUGUGUAACACAUCCCAAGCCGCAGCCAGCCAUCUGCACGCAGCUCUGCUAGCUGCCUACCCCAAACCCUCUCUGCCUUGGUGUAACACACACAGCAGCCCAAGGGGGUAGGCUGAAAACUGUACGAGCAGCUCUGGUAUUGAAUUUCUCAGCUUUUAAUGUUUGUGCGCUGCUGAAUUCAUGGAGAGGGGAAAGGAACUGCAACUUCAGGACUUUUCUUUCUCUUGUUUGCCUUAGCUCAGGGACUCGUGUAAUUUUGGCUUACUGAAGCUCUCCCGCAUUCCUCGCUUCCCAAUCCGUGCAAACAGCUGCUGGCUCGAGCAGCGUUCAGCAGCGAGAACUGGCAGGAGGCUGAAAUACGCCCCUUGCUCCUCCUUUGGACCAGCAGUCCCAGCGCAGGAAAUAUUUUUCCAUUCUGAUGGGGAAGCGAAUGUCGGCGCACGCGACGUUCACGUGCAGCCAGUCUGGGUACCUUUGUGUGUGGUCCAGGAUUCAAAGCAUCGCUGCCAUCCGAGGGAGAGAGCAAUAGGCUUUUGUCACCCAGCUGUUCUCGGCCAGUGUCCCAGUGAGUGCAAGGUGGUACGUGAAGGAGGCGGCUUUUCUGCUGGGAUGCCCUCUUUUUUCCAUUUCCUGCUGCUGUGUUUCAGAAAGGAAGGAAAAUCAAUCGCCAACUCCCUCCAAACAGCCUCCUGCUGCUCUCCUGCUCUGCUUGGGGCUGUUGAAUGUGCAGAUGGAUAUUUGGUCCCCCAAAAGAAAAUGGUGUAAGGCCAGCCAGCGCAGCUGCCACUUCCAAUCACGGCGUGCCCAGACCUCAGGGAGGAACAUGGCAGCAGCUCAGGGAGCGGGAAGCAGUUCAGCUGGGCCAUCCGGUCUCCCCGGUUCUGCCCCAGGACACAGCAGCAACUCCACAGCAGUGGCGGUGUGGGAAUGGCAGGAUGAAUUUGGCAGGUGGAGGCCAUACCGAGGCAAUGUCUGCAGCUACAUUGAACAGGUUUUUCAGGCCUCUCAGCAGAAGGGCCGGCGUUCGGGGUCGGGGCUUGUCAGCAGCAUCCCUUUGGGACAUGCGGAUCCUGUCUUGGCCCCCUACGUCAUCGACAUCCCAAGCUUGACGCAGUUCCGGCAGGAUACAGGGACAAUGCGGGCCGUCCGCAGGCACCUCUUCCCUGGGGACUCUGCUGCAGGGCAGGGCAUCAUCUGGGAGUGGCAGAACGAUGAAGGCGGGUGGUCCCCCUAUGAGAUGAACGUCUGCGUGUUCCUGGAGCAAGCUCGUGCCACGAACCACCAGCGAGUAGAUCUUGGACCCUUGGGCUACAACUAUGAAGUUGACUUUGUGGCUCAAGUCCAGACCAACAAGACCACGAGGUUCCGUCGCAGUGUUCAGAGGCGCUUGGACGCCCCGUACCCAGUGACAGCCUCCUCGGCACCCCUUCAUGCAGGGGUGGCUUGUUCUUGCCAGCAGUGCUGGCUAAACAGUGGGACUGGUCCCAUCACCACACGCUACCGCCACUCCAUGAUAAACUUUCCCAACAAUUCUGCUACUCAUCAGGUUUCUGGUAGGACAGCGUCAGUAAGUUCUUCCAGCGUCGGCUUCGUGCCCUAUAACAAACCAACUUUGUCUGGAGCAAGGUCAACACCGAGACUCAAUGCACAGAGCACCUGGGCUUUGCCUCAAACUGGGGGCCCCAGCACAGGACUAUCUGCAUCUAACGGAGUCAGCGCCCCAAACCUGCCAGUCAAGAUGCCCAAACCCAGCAAGGUGAACCAGGCCCUGGCAGGCAUGACGGCUAUUCUGAUGUCAGCCGCUGGACUCCCCGUGCACCUCACCUGUGUGCCGCAAGCUGCCAGCACCCAUAAAGCCACUAAAAAACACAGCUCAGUUAAGGAGGGGAGGAAAGUGUCCAAGAAAGGCUGGUGGAAGAGCCUGGCAGCCUCCGUGACGGGCCUGAUGACCGCAACACCAACCGAGCCAGAAGCAGUGGUGAAGAAGUACCUGGAAGAGCUGAAGGGCACUCCUGCUGACGAGGACUGUAUCAUCUGCAUGGAGAAGCUGUCCUCCCCCUCAGGUUAUGGCGAUGCAUGCGAGUGCAGCACAAUCAAGCCAGAGACAGUUGGUCGUCUGACAAACUGCCAGCACUCCUUCCACAUGCUCUGCAUGCUGGCCAUGUACUCCAACGGGAACAAGGAUGGGAGUUUGCAGUGCCCCUCUUGUAAAACCAUCUACGGAGAGAAAACUGGUACUCAGCCCAAAGGGAAGAUGGAGGUCUCCACUUUCCCCCAGUCCCUCCCUGGCCACAAGGACUGUGGGACAAUCCAGAUUGUGUAUCACAUCAGCAGAGGCAUUCAGGGCCCUGAGCACCCCAACCCUGGGAUGCCAUACACAGCAAGAGGCUUUCCUCGCUAUUGUUAUCUACCAGACAACGAGAAGGGCAGAAAGGUCCUGGAGCUCCUGAGGGUGGCCUGGAAGAGACGCCUGAUUUUCACAGUGGGCACCUCCAGCACAACCGGUGAGAGCAACACGGUAGUGUGGAAUGAGAUCCACCACAAGACUGAGAUGGACACAAACCUGAGUGGCCACGGCUACCCUGACCCCAACUACCUGGACAAUGUGCUGGCGGAGCUGGCCGCGCAGGGUGUCACCGAGGACUGCCUGAGACAAUGAGCUGGGAUGGGGUCCCGGCUGUGCCGUGCACGCAUCGGGGAGCCCACCUAGUGCACUUAUUCCUGUUGCCUUAAGUUCCUGUGUCUGACCGCCUGUCACACUGAGCAAUAACACUGUACCGCGGAAACCCUG